AACCACCCUAUUAAUCUUUCCAAACUUCAUCAUCGACAUCGUUUUUUGCGCUUAUCGAGUGAGCUAGGAGUCCUAAAAAUGGCGUUCGUUCACUGCCCAGUGACUGUUCCUUUUGAGACUUCAAGGCACCCGAAGACUUCCAUUCUGGAGUCAUCUUUAUCAUCAUCUUCUUCUCAUGAGUCUCUGUUUUCUCUAGCUUUCUCUUCUGCUUCUCACUGGUCCAGAGCCCGUAAUCGCUCUAGAUUUUCCAAGCUUAGUCCAUUGGAAUAUAAAGUAAAGGCUCAGCCUCAAGAAGCUAAUCUCAGUUUAGCUGAUGCAUUUACUCACUUCAAGCAUCUACUUCUGCCGAUUACCGACCGCAAUCCUUAUCUUUCAGAGGGAACAAGACAGGCUGUGGCAACUGCCGCUGCUAUGGCAAAGAAGUAUGGGGCUGAGAUCACCGUUGUGGUUAUUGAUGAAAAGCAGAAAGACUCAUUGCCGGAGCAUGAAACCCAACUCUCAAGCAUCCGCUGGCAUCUAUCUGAAGGUGGGUUCCAGGAAUUCAAAUUGUUAGAGCGACUUGGGGAGGGGAACAAGCCAACAGCCAUCAUUGGUGAGGUUGCUGAUGACUUGAAUUUGGAUUUAGUUAUUAUAAGCAUGGAGGCAGUUCAUUCGAAGCAUGUGGAUGCAAACCUGCUUGCUGAGUUCAUUCCUUGCCCCGUAAUACUUUUGCCAUUGUAAACUGUAGUCUUUUCGGGCACAAUGACUACUUUGCAAUGCAAAUUCAAGUUUCGUCUCAUGUGCUAAUCAAUCAUCCUAUCAUUAUUCAGGGAGAAACAAUGAAAAGUGUCUCAUAGCCAUAUAUUGCUGUGUUUGGAAAUGCUUUAUGUAUAGUGCUAGCAGUGUCAUUUUGAGACUGUUAAAAGGCAGCGGUGGAAUGGAUAAUUUUUUAUCUCGUGAACUGGUUAAUUUGUAUUCUGGGGAAGCCAGAAUGUUUAAUGGAUAAGCCUCCUAGUGACAAAUUGGUUAUCA